AUGGCUGCCGCGACGUCUUACCCACGGUCAACAGACUCUGUGGAAAGGGAGUUGAAGCUCGAUGCGAUUGUGUUUGGCUUUCGUGCGCCAGAACAGGCCGCGGACCCUGAACGAAUGGCCAUGGGCAGCCUGAAAGAAAUCCUUCAACGAGGCUUUGAUCACGGACUUCAUCUUCGCGAAACGACCAGCGUCAAGGUUCUUGACUGCAAGAGACUGGGCGCUGAUGCGCUGGCCGUGAUCGACUCCAAGCGGCUGUUGCAACACGGCAUAAUGCCAUGCCUGUAUCACGAUCAGCGGCAUGCCAUCAAGCGUGUGGCGCAUCUCGGGCCAAGAUCGCACAGGAGUGGUCAACGUCACGGCUGGUGGGGUCUCUUUUUUGAUAUUCUGUCUCAGUAUGUUCAAGAUAUGGCAGAAGAUCCAACAACAAGCAACUCGAGCACAAGGAAACAGCAACAACGAAUCGAAGGGAGAAGACAGCUUUGGAAUAGCAUUCGGCAUUUGAUGCAAAAAAUGCUCAGUGAACGCCAGCGAGUGCUAGGGGCACGUUCGGCUUUGAGCCAGGAGUGGACACGCCAACCGCGCGACCAGGACGAACAGGGCCGCAUUCCCAUUUCGGAAGACAACUCGCUCUUACAAACAGAGGCGGCAGGAGUGGCUGCAAAUCACCACGAGGCAACAGAGGCGGCGGCAGCAGUCUCGAGCCGUGUCCAGAGGAAUUCCGACCUGGACGAGACGACAAACACCCCUGGUCACACAGCUGCCACUGGAACGCGAUCCUUCACGCGGUCAGCACAUUCAAGCGAAAGCCCCUCAACUGCCGACACAGCAAGGAGCGCCGAUGAUCAUACGCAAGAAAACUCCCGGCGCAUGGAGGCCCAAGCAUCUGCGCAUCGGACAGGCCAGAAUCAUGCAGGCAUGCAGGCAUCAAGUGCUACUCCCGGGGUUUUGAACGGUCUCUACGGAACGCUGGCAGCCUUUCAGCAUGAGGGGGGCAACGCAUCCUCGAGUGCUCAGAAUCAGAUCAUGACGGAGCUAUACCGCAUGAAGGCCGACGUCGCAGUCAUACAAGCAGAUGUGUCCUCUAUCAAGCAGCAACUGCUUCUUUUGGUCCAGUCUCUUCAACAGCAACAACCCCGUAUGAGUCAGCAUUCUUGA